AAUUGCCAACAUAAAAUUGCACCGAGAGCUAUUUUCUUUGUGCUUCACUUCUUCCCAGCUCAGAGACACGUCGAGGCCUCUUAGGCUCUUACUGGGAUCAUCACAAUGGCGUCAGGAGGAGGCGGUGGCAUGGUAAAACUCCCAGCUAACUUUCCCAAAGACUACAUGAUACACGGGAUUGAUAUAAUGGAGGAGAAAAAGCUAGGAGAAGGAGCCUACGGUGUCGUCAAACUGGCCAACUAUCACGGACUGACGGUUGCUGUUAAGAAGCUCCUUCCUUCCUUCUUCCCUACUGAUGUAGUUGUGAACAAAUUAGAUGAGGAGGCUCAGAUAAUAUUGGAAUCAUUCUUUAACGAGUGCAAUAAACUGAGCCAGAUACGUCACCCGAACGUCAUACAACUCCUCGGGAUUACGCUAGACAAAGAGACCAAUCUCCCUGCGAUUGUAAUGGAGCUGAUGCAUGAGUCUCUUACUCAGUUACUCCGCCGUACGUCCACCCUCCCUCUCUUUGUUGAGGUCAAUAUCACCCAUGAUAUUGCCAAGGCUCUCUCCUACCUUCAUGGUGCUUUCCAUCCUCCAAUCGUCCACCGUGACCUUUCCUCUAACAAUAUACUAAUCAGUAGAGACUAUCGGGCUAAAGUCACUGAUCUAGGGGUGUCUAAAGUUGAGUCUUCGUCUUUUUUCCAGCGAAUGGCAAACACCCCCGCCCCUGGCACUAUGGCGUACAUGGCACCCGAAGUAAGACACAUUCCAGCCGAUUGCUCUCCAGCCAUGGACGUAUUUGCCCUCGGAGUUAUAGUCAUUCAAACUAGAUCACACAAGUUCCCUCAACCAGGCCCAGAACAGGAGAAGGGGAAGUUAGGUUUCCCAAAGACGGUUCCAGAGUCUGAGAGGCGUCAUAAUCACAUUAAACUCAUCGGGAGGAACCACCCACUCACAAAGAUUGCUCUCGACUCCAUUAAGAAUAAUCCAAAGGCUAGACCCUCUGCUCUUGAUAUUUGUAGAGAAAUGGAAAAGAUACAGCAAACUGAGAGCUACAAGGAAAGCAAACUUGCUUGCCAAAUUAAAGAUGGAGAAGCAGAGAGGAUCAGAGAGCAAAUAUCAUCACUUCAGCAAGACUUGGAGAGAACAAGAGGAGAACUGGAAGUGACAAAAGGAGAAGCAGAAAGAUUAUCUCAUGAUCUCUCCAUACAGCAGCAACAGAAUCUACACUUGAAGGAGCAGCUCCUUGGAACAACUGAAGGCUCUUCACUUACUGUGAUGAGUGCUGCUGCUAUGAGUGGAGGGGCCAGUGCUUCAGCUACUGAUAGUAAGAAACUAUCGAGUAGGCUCCGCUCUGCCUUGAAGAGAAAGAAGAAGUCAAAAAAGUCGAGUGAAACCAGCUCAAAAGGAGAAGGUGACACUCCUGUCCAGGAGGAAGAGGAGGAGGAGGAAGAGGAAAUAAACGAUGAAGAAUCCGAGGAAGGAUACGCCGUUAUAACGAACCAUGCCCUCUCUGAGGCAGAGCGUGAGAGAAACAAGAGGAUACUCAAAUCGGGUCAGUUUGCUUGGACGAGCCACCGCUGUCUUUUGGAAGGUCUUCAAGGAGUAACUCUCAGAGUUUAUCUCUCCAGUCCUCGUGUGUACUUGUGUGGAGGUGCCACAGCCACUGGUUCCCCUAAUACUAAUGUUUAUUACUGUUCCUCUAAGCAGCUUAACUCAUGGACUAAACUAACCGAGUCAACCCCUCAGUUUUAUUAUGCCUCCUCCAUCAUUAACAGGGAGCUAGUCAUUAUCGGGGGCAUCUCAGUUGAGGAUCAGAAAUGUACUCGGCAACUACUCACUUACGACUUAGAAGAGAAUGCGUGGGUCGAGGUACUGCCUCCUUUACCCACGGCGAGAUCAGCAGCCACUGCAGUAUCAUGGGGAGACUAUCUUAUAGUUCUUGGAGGGAUCAACAACUCCAGUUGCAUACUUGGCACUGUAGAGAUACUUCAUUUACCAUCACAGCAAUGGAGCACGGCCUUCCCUCUUCCUUUUGGGGUAGCUGGUAGCUCUGCUGUUAUAUAUAGGAGUCGGUUGUAUGUGAUGGGUGGGCUCACCAACGAGGGUCUCUCUAGGAGUUUCUUCUCUGUAGCCAUGGACCGCCUCCUGGCAACCAUGAGCAGGAUGAACCGGCUUACCACUACUUCAUCAAACCUCUGGGAGUUUCAUCCAGACUGUCCCUACACCAUGAUGACACUGUGUCUCUUUAACGGGUACCUCCUUGCUCUUGGGGGAAACGAAACAACUGUCUCUGUAUCCCAACCUUCUGAGUGGAUCUGGUCUUACUUCCCCGAGGAUGAGUUGCAUAGUUGGACGCUAGUACAGAAAAUGCAUGCUUCGCGAAAAUUAUGCUGCGCCACUUCUAUCUCAUCUUCUUCCUUGAUUGUUGUCGGUGGUAAUCCUUAUUUUAGUGUUGUCGAUGUCGCAAAGAUUGAGUUGCCUUCGACUCUCCCUCUCUCUCCCUCUUCCUCCUCUCAAUAAAGAUACACGUUGUAUGAAUAAUAUGCUAUAUUGGAACAUUUCGCAUGCAAGAAUAUUUCAGAGUGCUAUUUUACUCACUCUUGUACACGCACACAUUUGAUGAUUAUCAUUAUAAUAUAUUAUCAUUUUUCGUUUUGUUUGUGUGCUAUUUUUUGUUUAAUAAUUAUCUUCUCAUUCAAUACAUUUAAA